CCAAAAACAGAGCCAACAACCCAGUUAUAACUACUAUACCAAAAACAGAGCCAACAACCCACUAAGUAGAGAGAGAGGGAAUGACAGGCGGUGACAUAUCUGAUGUCGAAGCGCCGCUGCUAGACGACGUCGUCGCAGGCUCCGUCGACUUCAGCAGCCGCCCCGCCGUUAGGUCAAAAUCCGGCACCUGGAAAUCCGCCUCUUUCAUGAUCAGUGUUGAAGUUGCGGAGAGAUUCGCAUAUUAUGGAAUCAGUGCCAAUUUGAUAAGCUAUAUGACGGGGCCGCUGGGGCAGUCCACCGCGGCGGCGGCGGCCAACGUCAAUGCCUGGAGCGGCACGGCGUUGCUCCUGCCGCUCCUCGGCGGUUUCAUCGCCGAUUCGUAUUGGGGCCGUUACCGCACCGUUAUCAUUGCUUCUGUUGUCUAUAUCUUGGGUCUUGGCUUCUUAACUCUAUCAGCUGCUCUUAGCGCAUCCUUUAAUUCCAAGUGUGAAAGUGUAACAAACAGCUCAGCUUGUUCGCCUCCGGUGCUCGAGGUCGUCUUCUUCUUCUUCUCGUUAUACCUCGUCGCGCUUGCGCAAGGCGGCCACAAGCCGUGUGUGCAGGCCUUCGGGGCUGACCAGUUCGACGAGGAUGACAAGAAGGAGCGCUUAGCCAAGAGCUCCUUCUUCAACUGGUGGUACUUCUCAUCGGCCGCUGGCGUCUUCGUAGCCCAGCUAGUUCUGAGCUACGUUCAGGAAAAUAUGAGCUGGGAGCUCGGGUUUGGGAUCCCGGGUGCUUUCAUGUGCGUCGCAUUGGUUCUGUUCUUGCUCGGAUCCACUACCUACCGGUACGGGAGUGGCACCGAGAAGAGGAAUCCGUUUGUGAGGAUCGGGUUGGUUUUCGUGAGAGCAGCACGCUCGCCAUCAUAUCCUAUUCUUGCUGAAGAGAGCGAUGGCGAGCGCCAUUUUCUCGACCGGGCGCUUAUUGUAGUGCCAGGGGCGGAAGGGCGUGCCUGCACCGCCCACGACGUGGAGGAUGCCAAGGCAAUCCUCAGGCUCGUGCCCAUCUGGUGCACUUGCCUGGCCUACGCGGUCGUGUUUGCACAGGCUGCAACUCUGUUUACCAAGCAGGGCACGACCAUGGACCGUGCUAUCACGGACACUUUUGAGAUCCCGGCCGCCUCUAUGCAGUCCAUCAUCCACAUUUGCGUCGUUAUCUUUGUGCCGAUCUAUGACCGCGUCCUUGUCCCGUUGGCCCGGGUUUGGACCAACAAACCCGCGGGGAUCACGAUGCUACAGAGAAUCGGUGUAGGGAUGCUUUUCUCUAUCAUGCUCACAGUCACCGCAGCGAUUGUUGAGAGGCAGCGUCUCUUAACCGCCCGAGCUCACGGGCUGGUGGACAAGCCGGACGCCACGGUGCCCAUGAGCGCGUGGUGGCUGGCGCCCCAAUACGUGCUGUUUGGCCUGGCCGACGUGUUCACCGUGAUCGGGCUUCAAGAGUACUUCUACAAAGAGGUGCCGGCCGACCUCAAGAGCGUCGGCCUCGCCCUAUACCUCAGCGUGUUCGGCGUCGGGAGCUUCUUGAGCAGCUUGCUGAUAACGUUACUCGAUGGGGCGACCGGCGGCGACGGCGGCGACAGUUGGUUCUCGAGCAACUUGAAUAGAGGGCAUCUCGACUACUUCUAUUGGCUGCUGUCUGGGAUUAGUGCACUUACAAUGUUGGCAUAUUUGUACUUUGCCAAAUCAUAUGUUUAUAAGAGGAAAGUGUAACGUUUGCGAUGAAACGCAAUUGAUAAGACGUUUCUUCUUGAUGUAAUAGAACGGGGAUUCAAUUUAUCUUGGGAUAGACCGGGAACAAUUAUUUAUAUUCA